AUGCGGUCAUACGAGGAAUCCGAAUUUCGUCUCCCUUGCCUCUCGUCCCACCACGCGCGCCCUGUCGUUUCCUCUUUUCUGAAAAAUAAAUUCUCUCGCCGGUUUGUCUCGAAUGCCUGGUCGGGGGUGGUGGGCCCUUACCGAGGCUCCCCCUCGCCUGUUGUUUCCGGGGAGGAUGAGGGAUGGGUGCCGCUCCUGAGGUCUUCCCCGCCGAAAGAUCCCAACAAAGGGGAAUCCUUUCUCCCGCUCAUUCCGUUAACCGGUGAAAGUUCGUUAGAGCAAAUUGUCUUCAAAGGGGAAGGAAGCCCGGCCUCCUCAUCCCAUUACGAUCGAUUACUCCAGGAGUUAAUGAAAAAGGAGACGGCACGGCGGGAGUUGCUGAUCUUCGAGGAAUGCCAUUUCUAUACCAAGCACAUUGUGAAAUACUUGCAGACGAUAUCCGAGCUGAUGUCUCUUACCCGAGACGGCGAGGCCACCGUGCACGAGAUCCAAUCUCGCGAGCGGGAUCGAAAGAUGAUGUUGGAUACGAUCGGGAAGGAAACCACCCACCGUCUGGCGCGGGCGCGGGCUGAAAAAGCCCUACGGCAUCAAUUUUCGGCCCUCCUCCCUGCCUUUUUGAAGGGCCGGAGGGAGAUCCUCGCGGCGGAGCAGGAGGCCUUGCAGGAGGUCUUCGCCGUCGAGAAGGCGCGGCGCCCGAUAGGGCCGGGAUGUUUCUUGCCCCACACCACCAAGACGGACCCUCGGCUGCGCGGCCCUCGCCCCCCCUGCAAAAGCCGCCGCUCGCGGCAUUCCACCCUGACGGAGCGGAGCCUGACCCUCCGGAAAGGGACCCAAUGCUCGGAUAACACGAGCUCGCACACCCAAGGCAGCAAUGCCGGCGCCCUUGUCCUGUUCUCGAGCAAAGACUUCGGGAAGGAGAUCGAGGAGGAGCGGAUUUUCGAGUGGGAGGGGCUCCAAAUGUAUCGCCAGGAGAAACUUCGCCAGUACGCGGCCCUCAAGCGAUCCAGCGCGUUUGUGGAUCUCCACCAGGAUGAGAUCCGGCGCCGGCGGGAUAUUCGCGUGGCGGAAUCUGAGGCGUGGAUUCCGCUAAUGCGGCGCUGUGUGGAUGGGCUGUACGACGCCAAACAUCAAACCCGCCGGCGCGAGGCCCACGAGGCCUCCGAGGCGUUCAAAUCUCACGAGGAGGGGGCCCUGCGAGAGGAGAUCAAAGAGCACUGGACCCUUUUACACUCGGAUCAACUACUCCAACGCCUGCGCAAUUUCAGUCCGACCCGCGGCAGGGCCCUCGACGGCGACGAGAUGUUUGAGGAGGUGAGCGAGGAAACGCUACGAUCGGAGGCCGCCACGGCGGAGGUCGUGCGGAUUUGGCAGAACUUUUCUUCCGAUAUGGAAAAGCGGGGAAGCCUCAUCACCGAGAGGCAGGAGAGCGAAUCGGUGAGGAUCGGAAGCUCCGAGAGGGCGCGGACGCCGUCGCUCGGUCUGGUGGUGGGGGAAGCAGGAAUGGAAGAGGUUAGGAAAAGGAUAUCACUUUCUAUUUCUCACCGCAAGGCCUCGAUUCCGGUAUCCACCGUGGUAGCAAAUGAUUGGACUAUUAUUGAAUGGCAGAGCCCUACCACCGAGUUGGGCUCCUUCAGCACCUCUCACCUCAUGAAGGUUCAUUGGAAGCAGGAUCUUUUGUUUAUAUCGCUGAUAUCCCAGUUCAAUGAACAUAUCACGCAGGUUGAGGCGGACUAUAAGGAACGAAUUGCAGAUUUUAUAAAAGAUAUGCUGCGGCAGCGAAUCAAUAUAGUUGAGGAGCAAAUAGAACAUGUAUGGUGUUUUUACUGUCAGUUCUUGCUUGAGAAGAAGGCUAAGCGGUAA